AUGUCUACAUCAGUAAAUUUCACACGAAAUUCUGCUUCCGAAGAAAUCACUAUCUAUCUUGGCAUACCUAUUCUUGGUACUGGAGUUCUUGGUGGAACUCUCAAUAUUAUCGUUUUUAUGAGUCUUAAAACAUUUCGACAAAGUUCAUGUGCUUUCUUUUUAACAAUCAUGUCAUUUGUUAAUAUUGGUCAAUUACUAUUCAGUUUACUUAGUCGUAUUAUGAUUACUGGAUUUGAUGCUGAUUGGACGGACUAUUCGUUGGCUUAUUGUAAGUUUAGAAACUAUUUUCUUCAAGUAUGUGCAUUAACAUCAUAUACAUGUAUGUGUUUGGCAACAAUUGAUCAAUUCUUGGCAACUUCACUUCAUGUUCACUGGCAACAAUUUUUUAAUAUAAAAAAAGCUUAUGUUCUGUGCAUAUUAUUCUUUAUUAUUUGGCUUCUUCACGGUAUUCCAACAUUGAUUUGGUAUGAUUUGAGUUUAUUACCUACUACAGGAAGAUUAAUUUGUACAAUAACAAACCCAGUUUUUGAUCUGUACAUUGCAUAUGGUUAUUUAAUCAUACUAACUGGUAUUUUACCAAUUUGUAUUACAGUUUUAUUUGGAUUUUUGGCAUAUUGGAAUGUAAGACAAAUACCUUAUCGAACAGUUCCAUUGGUCCGACGUGAAUUAGAUAAACAAUUAACAUCAAUGGUUCUUGUUCAAGUCGUCUUUAAUUGUUUUACUAUUUUACCAUACAUCAUAUGUCUGUUUCUGGUUGAUACUCUGGAUCCCAAUAGUAUGUCAAUGAAUAUGUCUGAUUUGGGUUUUGGUCAACAUAUUAGUAUUAUAAUUUAUUAUUUAUAUUUUGCAUUUUAUUGGAUUGGUUUAAUUUCAAUCGGUACACCUGAAAAAACUUUUAUUAUCAAUUUUGAUACAGGUUCUACUGAUUUAUGGGUACCAUCAAUUCAAUGUCUUUCUACUUGUGAAAACAAAGCAAAAUACGAUUCAUAUAGUUCGUAUACAUCUCGAGCUAAUGGAGCUACCUUAAGGAUUUCAUACGGUGAUGGUUCGUAUGUCAAUGGUAUUUUUAUUAAUGAUACUGUAACAAUAGGAAAUUUAUCUAUAUUAAAUCAAGCAUUUGCUCAAGCAAACAAUAUAUCAGGUUUUAGUUCGUCAACAUUUGAUGGUGUUUUAGGUCUUGCUUAUCCAUCAAUUGGUACAUCUGGACAGAUUCCUAUUUUUUAUAAUAUGUGGCAACAAGGUCUUAUACCUGAUCCAAUUUUUUCUUUUUAUUUCAAUCCAAAUCCCAAUGUUUAUCCAGGUGGUGAACUUAUCUUUGGUGGAGUAGAUUCUACUAAAUAUUUAGAUUCAAUUACUUAUGUGGAUGUUAUUAUACAUGCCUAUUGGGAAUUUAUGAUGAACAGUGUACAAACAAAUGGUAAAACAAUAUGUUCAAAUUGUCGUGCUAUUUUGGAUACUGGUACAACAUUAAUUGUUGGACCAUCAAAUCAAAUAGCAUUACUUAAUUAUGCUAUUGGAGGAACGUAUGAUCAUGAGAUUGGAUUAUACACAGUUGAUUGUUAUACUCGUUUAUUAUCUGAUUUUCCUGAUGUAGAAUUUUCAAUUGGUAAUAUGACAUUUAAACUAUCAGUAUUACAAUAUUUACUUAUUUUAAAAGAUAGUGAUAAUUAUAUAUGUUAUACCGUUUUUCAAGGUGUUAAUUUACGUGAUAAUCGUGGAAAUUUAAUAUGGAUUCUUGGUGAUUAUUUUCUUAGUCGUUUUUAUUCGAUUUAUAAUGUUAAUCGUAAUCAAAUUGGUCUUGCUAAAUCAAUAUCCUAUAGUUAUUCACAAAUACAUCCGAAAUCAUUAUUUGGAAAUUCGAGUAAUAAAAAUUAUUUUCAAAAUAUUUUUCAAUUAUUUAUUUAUGUGAUUAUUUUUCUUAUAAGAAAUAUUCUUUUUUUUUAA